GGUGAAUUUGUGAAUGAAUACGUUGGUGAAUUAAUUGACGAGGAAGAAUGCCGAUUGCGAAUUAAGCGCGCCCAUGAGAACAACGUGACCAAUUUUUAUAUGUUAACUGUUACAAAGGACCGCAUAAUAGAUGCUGGACCAAAGGGAAACUACUCUCGCUUCAUGAACCACAGCUGCAACCCCAACUGUGAAACCCAGAAGUGGACAGUCAACGGAGACGUCCGGGUGGGACUCUUUGCUCUGGGUGACAUUCCUACAGGGAUGGAGUUAACAUUUAACUAUAAUUUGGAUUGUCUGGGCAAUGGCAGAACCGAGUGCCACUGUGGAGCAGAAAACUGCAGUGGAUUCCUGGGAGUGAGGCCAAAGAUAGUCCUCAAACACGGCGUGCGCAACGGCAAAUGA